CGUAACUAAUAAGAGAGGAAGAAGAGAGAGAGAGGCCUAAAAUUCUAAUAUGGAGAAGGAGGGAGAGAACAAACAGUUGGUGCAAACGUUUAUUGAGAUCACAUCGGGUUCGAGGGACGAGGCUCUCUUCUUCCUGGAGAGCCACAAUUGGGAUCUCGACUCUGCAGUCUCUACUUACUUAGAGACCACCGGCAACAACAGCAGCUUCGAUAACAUCAACUAUCCCACCACCAACCAAUCUCCUUCUCCAUCUCCUUCCCCCUCUCUCUCUCCGGUUCCAUCUCCCUCUCCCUCGCCGUUGGUUCCCACCGAUUUUCAAUCAAGGGUACCCAUGUCUUCCCGGGACAAGAAACCCUCGAAGCCCUCCAGUAGCCGCGCCGGCGGCAUCCGUACACUCUCAGAUCUGAAUCGUUCUUCUAGUCCCGGCUCUGACGAUGAUUCAGAUGCCCCCCAGGAGUACUACACCGGCGGCGAGAAAAGUGGAAUGCUUGUCCAAGAUCCUUCUAAAGGUAAUGAUGUGGAUGCAAUAUUUAAUCAAGCUAGGCAGAUGGGGGCCAUGGAGGGACCCAAUGAAAACCUCCGCCCAUCUUCAAGUUCAAGAAGCUUCACUGGAACUGGGAGACUACUCUCUGGUGAUACUGUGCCAUCUGCUCCUCAACAGCCUGAGGCAGUCACUCACAACAUUACUUUUUGGAGUAAUGGCUUCACUGUAAAUGAUGGCCCUCUGAGGAGGUUGGAUGAUCCUGAAAAUGCGCCUUUUCUGGAGAGCAUCAGAAAGUCGGAGUGUCCAAAGGAGCUUGAACCAGCAGAUAGGAGGUCUCCUGUUAAAGUUAAUCUCAUAAGGAGGGAGGAGAAGUGCCCUGAACCAGAGAAGCGCCAUGUUCCUUUUCAGGGUGUGGGAAGAACUCUAGGUAGCAGCUCCACUUCUCCAGCAGUCUCUGAACCAACUGUUGCUGCUUCUGCUCCAUCCCCAUUUAUGGGUCUGGUUGUGGAUGAAACAUUGCCGUCAACCUCAAUUCAGCUCAGAUUGGCUGAUGGCACACGUAUGGUUGCACGCUUCAAUUACCACCACACCAUCAAUGAUAUCCGUGCCUUCAUAGAUGCAUCGAGGCCUGGAGGGGCAAGGACCUAUCAGUUGCAAACUGUGGGUUUCCCUCCAAAGCAACUCACUGAUGUUACCCAGACCAUAGAGCAGGCAGGCCUUGCUAGUUCGGUUAUUAUCCAGAAGUUUUAGGGUAGCCGCACAAAGGUAUUCCAAUCUCUAGGCAAAUACAAUUUUUCCAACAGAGCCAGUUUUAUAUUGUCCUUAACGAGAUAAAGUAAUAUGUAAGGAACUCUUGUGGUUCAUUUUGAAAGCAUCUCUCUAGCACAAUAUGAUUCUAGAAUGACAAUUCUGCAUACAAUUGAGUGCAGGAAGUUGAUACGAUGAAUGCUUUCAUGUUGACUUGUUUUUUUGA